CCGACAUUGGCCUUUGAUCUCCCGCUAUCGAGCUUCUUAAAGAACUCAAUCUCCAAAGGUGGAGAUGAUAGAUUCCCUGUUUAAGAAAGUUUCUGACACUGAGGAUGAAGGCAUAAUGAGGGAGCUUCUCCUUGACUUCUAUACGAGUUCUGCAAAACGUAAGCCAGAUCAGAUAAUCAUUUUCAGGGACGGUGUGAGUGAGUCACAAUUCAACCAGGUGUUGAACAUUGAACUGGACCAAAUUAUCGAGGUAUUUGUAUUUUCUUAUAUAAUAGUUUCUUAUUUUGUUAAAGCAAAAAAAGUGAUUUAA